AUGACGACCUACAACACGUCCGGGAGGAAUACCCUUUGGCUGGUCUGGUUCCUGACCCAGCUUCCCAUCACUGCCUUCGCCGACCUGCUGGAGUUCCUCUGGCCGAAAUGGAUGUACGAGCCGGCCGGUUCGCCGCUGCACGCCGCGUUCCGUAGCAAGCAGUGGUACAUCGCGAGUUUCAACGACCCCAUCGUGCAGUGGACGCCCGAGACGUCGGCCGGCCACGACAGCUGGAUGGGCCUCUUCCUCUUCCUCGAGGCCGCCUUCCUGCUGCCGGCGAUCCUGUACGGCUUGUACUGCUUUGGCAUCCGGCGCAAGGGCACCUCAGGCGAGGACGAGCUCCUAUUCUUCGUUUACGCGCUCGAGGUCUGGUUCACGACGGUCGUCUGCGCGUUCGACGUCUGGAACCUGGACAGUGCCGUUUGGUCGGCCGAGAUUAAACACACGCUGGUGAUCCAGUUCUACGGGCCAUACUUGGUUCUCCGUAAGUCUAACGUCCGCAGUCGUUCUGCACGUACGCUGACGCAAGAAGCGGCUCUUGGAGCCAUCGACAUGGGAAGCCGGAUUCUGUACCGCAUCAGGACCGCGGAUACUCUGCUGGAAACUAAGAAAGCGAAUUAA